CGUGAGUAGAGGGACCACCAUUGACCACCAUGGUACACUACGUAGCGCUCAUUUACAUGUGGCCGCCAUGGAUAGCUGAAAGCUUGGCCAGUGGCAUAAUCAGCUUGUGGAGGGCCAAGGACGGGUGCUUUAUUUUUGAGGAUGCUCGUAUGGAACGGGCAAGGCAGGUGAACCAAUCUAGUAUAAUGCAGACCCCCCACAGAUGUAAGUAGGGGGGAAGUGAAUAUGGCUGGGCGUAUAAUGGCUUCCAGCCUGCUGGUCUUCUGCUGCUUAGGAAUAGUCGCCAGCCUGUGCACAGUCGCGAGUGCGUUAGGUAGCUCUGGAGGGAGGCGGUUAACAGCAGGGGGCCUUGCUCCAUUCUCCCAACCUGCUCUUAGCGAUUCGCAGAGCAUAGAACUUAGGAGCACGGAACCAGGGAGCACAAAGCUAGGGAGCAUGAGACUAGGGAGGGUGUCUGGACGAGAGCUAGUAGACUCUGAGGCGAAGAUGAACGGGAGCACGUUGCCCGGAAAGAUCCUCUCGGCGCAGCCCCCGCUUGCGAACGAAGACCUCGGCUCGUUGCUCAAGCUCCGCUCGGCCUGGAACAUAGCCCCUAGCUUCUGGAACGAGUCCCUCAACCCCUGCGGCCCCUCCGCCUGGCCCGGAGUCCGUUGCUCGCUGAGCGACAUCCGCCAGCGAGUAGCGUUCCUCACGAACCCGUACCUGGCAUUUGGCGACGGGAGAGUGUUGACCGGCACCAUUCCAGAGGCGAUCGGCGACCUGUCCGCACUCGAGGGCGUCAGUUUGGAUUCCACGCGAUUGACUGGAAAGUUGCCGGACAGCUUGGGCCGGCUCAUGAACCUAAAGUCGCUAGUCAUCACUCGCAGCAACCUCACGGGCCCCCUCCCGUUCGCCAUACGUGCGUGCGUGAACCUUACAGAGUUGGACCUGUCUGGGAACCAGCUCUCGGGGCCGAUCACUCCGGGGGGCCAGCCUUUGGGGCUGCAGAGUUUAAACGUUCAGGACAACUUCCUCACGGGAGAAGUGCCUGAGGAGCUGGCUGGGCGGCUCAAGCAGCCGAUCAUGGUGCGUGGCAACUGCAUGGAGACCUCCGUCAACGCGACACAGCGCCCCCAGGAAGAGUGCAACGCUUGGUACACGCGCAACCGGCCCGACCGCCGCGUCCUCCAAGGCAUUCGCCUCGCGUGGGCCCCCGACGGCUGGUUCGACUCCGAAGACCCGUGCACUCCGGGCUCGCCCGGGUGGCAAGGCGUCACGUGCGAUCACGUGUUCGGCGUCAACGUGCUUGCAAUCGACCUAAGCAACACGGUCAUCGAGGGUGACAUGUCUGAAGUCCAGUUUGAGGGACUCCCCCACUUGGAGCAGCUGGUGCUGAGCGACAACCCCGGGCUGCAGGGGGUGAUCCCCCCGGCCCUAGCGGCGCUGCCGAACCUGACGGUGCUGUACCUGGACCGGUGCGCGCUGCACGGCCCGAUCCCCAACACGUUCGGCAACAGCUCGAUCGCGGCGGCCGCGUUCGCGGCCCAGGAGCUGGCCGAGGCGCUGAACGCGACCGGCCAACCGCCGCCGCCGCUCGCGCUGAACCUCCGCGGCAACUGGCUCAACGGCAGCUUGCCCUCCUUUUUUGAGUAUCUAGACGCGAGAGUAUUUGGCGAGAACUGCCUAGACUAUUCGUCGGAGCUGACCCCCCCGCCAAGUCAGCGCUCCCCGGGGGCGUGCGCGGCCUUCUACCGGCAGGUCGAGCAGACCCCCCCCCAGCGGUCCGUGGACCCCGGGGCGUUUCCGUUCCGAUCGGACCCCCGACUACCGCUGCAGCCCCCUCCAGACGAGACCGACAAGGGCGGCUUGGUCGCUGAGUACAUCUCUGUGAUCGUGUUGAUCGUCGUCUUUUCGGUGGUUGGAACACUAGUCGCGGGGUGGUGGUACCGGCGGCGAAGGAAACGGGAGCACUGGAAGCGGUUGCCCAAGGACGAGGUUCCGCACGAGGAGUGGCAGUUCGAGGCGAUGGCCGGAGACCUUCCGCAGUACAGCAUCAGCAAGCUGAAGCAGAUGACCAGCAACUUUGCCAUCGAGAACUGCCUGGAAGGUCAGCCUUUGCUCGUGGACGGGCAAGACCCGCGAACAUCCCUCCUGCUCAUGAACAGUAGCAGCAACAGCAUCCGGGACCUAUUCACACUCCAGAGUUCCGUUAGCCCCGGCUGCCUAUAUCGGGGGUACACCUCCUUGACUGCCGUCCUAGUGCGCCAGCUCCCCCCUAGAAGAAAUGAACCGCAGAGAAAAGGGGUUCUGAGGAUGAGAUUCCCCGGGUUUCGGAGGAAGCAACGGGUUGUGGCCGGGGGGGAUCCCCCAGAGCAGAAGGGGGUGAGAAUAGGCCCCCAGAAGUUUCUUGCGGCGGUCGGGGCGAUGCAUUGGGCGCAGCACCCGAACCUGGCGAAAGUGCGCGCUUACAACCGGGCCAAGAACCGGUCCUGUUUUAUCGUCUGGGAGGGUUUUGGGCAAACGAUUCCGAUCACUGUCAGGGACGCCUUGGAUGGGGGCGCGGUGAAGGCGUUUUCAGGGGAGCAGGAUGCGAGCGUGUUGUUCCUGAAUUGGACCGCCAGGUGGCGUGUGAUGACUGAAGUCGCCUCGGCGCUUCAAUACCUCCACGAAGAGCACCGCCCCGUUCUCGCCCACGGCUUCCUCUCCUCCUCCCGGGUUAUCCUCGGCAAGGGCGGCAAACCCUUCUUAACCGACUUUUGCCUGUGCACCUACCUGGACAAACCCGCCUCGAUCGUCGACGACAUUUACGACUUCGGCGUGCUGCUGUUUGAGCUCAUCCGGGGGCACCCGUUGGGGAAAGGGGAGGCGCCGCAGCAGCUGGUUAGGAAGGCGGUCAGUCUGCUAACCACGGGUCACGUCUCGGAGCUCCUGGACGUGCGGCUGGGGGGGCGCUUCAAGGAGGCGGAGCUGUCGGGGGCGGUCGCGGCGGCGGCCAUGUGCAUGCAGGCUGACCCGCUAGAGCGUCCGAAGAUGAGCCUCAUUGCUCAGACGUUCCAGCGGUCCGAAGCCUUAGCCGACGAGAUGGAAAACCCGUCCGGGUUAAGCACCCGCGUGCCCAGUUUCGAGACGGGUUUCGAGCCGGUUUCGAUGACCCAUUUCCUGGACAAAAACCUGGCGGAGACGAACAAUCCGGAGUGGGGGGGUGGCGACGUGGAGAUGACGGCUCGGGGGGAGCCCCAUGAAGAGGCCACGAUUGGGGGGGGUGGCGAGGACGGGGGCCUCGAGCGACCCCCCAUGACGAUGCACGUCGCAAGUUCCGUUUGGGGGGGCAGUUCGGACAAGAGCUCGGCGGAGCUGCUGAAUUACCAGGGGGAGGCAGAAAACCACGCCCCCUGGCCCCCCCCAAGGGCAGAUCAUGCGGAGGGCGUCCCUGUGUAUCAACCCGGGGGUGAACAGAACCGUCAGCCGGGCGGGUUCGACAGACCCCCCGUAACGAUCGAGGGCGCAGGGUCGAUCUGGGGGGGCAGCUCAGAAGCCUCGUCGUUGGGUCCGCAGCCGCUGGGGGGGGGUCCGGAAACGCCGGCGGUUGGGGGGGGUGAAACGGGAGCGCGGAAUGGGGGGGUCCCUUUGUGGCGGCAUCAGGGGGGGCGGGAGCAGGACACGGCGUCGGAUAAGUACCGGAGCUGGAUGAUGGGGGGGGAGCUGCAGAUGCAUCCCGAGCAUAUCAAGCUGGGGACGUUGCUAGGGCAGGGUUCAUUUGGGCGGGUCUACCAUGCGGUUUGGCUCGGGACCGACAUUGCGGUGAAGGUCAUCCCGGACAUUGAGGGCGAGGGCCUCACGAGCGUAUGGCGCGAAAUCGUGAUCCUGCGGAAAUUGCGGCAUCCCAACAUUGUGCUGUUCAUGGCAGCAGUCGAAGUCCCGUCGUCUAGGGAGGUGUACAUCGUCACUGAGUACCUGGCUCGCGGGAGUCUCUUCGACGUGCUUCAUCGCGAGCACGCCCCUGAGCCCAUCAGUCUCUCGCAGCGCCUCUCGUACGCGCUCGGGGUCGCGCGAGGGAUGGGCUUCUUGCAUCUGCAAGGACUGGUGCAUCGGGAUCUGAAGACGGGCAAUCUGCUUGUGGGCUUGGAUAAUACUGUCAAGGUGUGCGACUUUGGGCAGUCUCGGUUAUUAAACCAGAAGUCCAGCAAGCGGCCCCUCUCCACGCUUCGCGCCGCGGGGACCAUCUCCUAUAUGGCCCCCGAGGUCUUCCGGGAUCCGUCGAUGGUCGACCAAAAGUGCGACGUCUACAGUUUCGGCGUCAUUCUCUGGGAGCUACUCGCCCGAAAAGUUCCUUGGGCGGGUGUGCACGAGCCUCAGGUGAUCACCUCCGUCGCCGCCGGGUUACGGCCCCCGAUCGCUGCAGGAGAAUGGGACCCGGAGCUCGUUCGCCUUACAGAGGACUGCUGGCAGGACGACCCGCAAAAGCGGCCGACGUUUGAGGAGGUCAUGGUGCGCUUGGAAACCAUUUUGCGUACCCUCGGGGGCGCCGAGGAAGACACGAAACGGCAGAUUCUGCUUUAGAUGGCGGUGUGCGCGCACGGUAGUUUGGUCGGUCGGUGGACUGGCUGGAUACGUUAGGUUAGAUUGCUCGCAGUCGCGGUUGUGGUUGACUUGCCUAGGGGGGCUUUAGACGCUGCCUAUAAGCUAUGGCCCAAUGUGUACUUUAGGUGUUACGACUGGCUUACGUUGAGUCCAGCAACGUGACUUCCAGAAACGAUAUCCACAGGACGGUUUUGUAAGCUCGGGCCUGGUUCGGAGCUUGACACGAUCUCAGGCCGCAUCCAUAGGAUAACGAAGGCCCGUUUGAGUUGGUUUGCAAACCCAAUGAGUAGCUGAGGUGUACUACGGUAUCACAGAGUUUCGAUCUUAUUGUUGUCGGAUAUGGCGGCUCGAUCAUUUCAUGCAAUUUGCC